AUGCAAGAACUCUGGGCCAUCAAACUACAUUGGGAUGAUGAGCUCCCUGCAAAUCAACAGAAGACGUGGACCAUCAUCCUACAAUCUUUGAACAGCUUAGAGGACAUAAAAAUCCCGAGAUGGCUAGGAACCUUUACAAAAUCAAUCAUUGAAUUACACGGGUUUAGCGACGCAUCUCAACUUGCCAUGUCAGCAGUAGUCUACAUCUUAACGAGACACAAUGACCAAGUCACCACUACACUCCUGUGCUCGAAAACGAAAGUUGCACCACUCAAACGGCUCACCAUUCCUCGGCUUGAGUUAUCAGCAGCAGUUCUCCUCACCAAGCUCCUCUCACAAUGUAUCACCACAUUACAACUCGAAACCGCACCCUGUUACAUGUGGACUGAUUCAACUAUCACCUUCACCUGGAUAAAAAAUCAUCCUUCAAAAUGGAAGGAAUUCAUCCAUAACAGAGUGUGUCUUAUUCAAGAGACCCUCCCUCAUGCUCAAUGGCGUCAUGUUCCAGGAGAGCAAAAUCCUGCAGACUGCGCCUCCAGAGGAGUAACCUCAGCGGAACUCACAAAUCAUCCAUUAUGGUGGACUGGACCAGCUUGGCUUCACGAUGAUCCAAUCACGUGGCCGAAACCACCAACAACCAAACAUGACCAGAAAGAAUUAGAAAUGAAGAAUUCAUCAACAGUGCACGUUCUUCAUACCUCAACAUCACUUAAACAGUGGGAGUUGUUAUAUCGAUACUCCUCAUAUCAAAGGCUCAUUCGAAUCACUGCUAUAUGUUGGAGAGUUAUAAACCAACUUCGAAGAAAAUCAACCAUUCCACCAUCCUCGCCACUAACUCCAGAAGAAUUAGAUCACGCCACAAAAACACUGGGUCAGACUAACGCAGCAAUACAAGUUCAUGAAAGAGUUAUCGUUGCUUCGACAUCAGACCCAAGAACUGCGUAA